CCCUCCGCCGGACUCGGCGCGCCACCCGGGAGCAGAGGGACAGUGCGGGACCCAGCGCGGCGCCUGGGAGGGACCUGCGCGGGCGUCGGCUUCCAGGCGGGCGCGGCCCCAGAGGCGGGCGACGAUGAUCCCCGAGGACCGGCGGGACGGCCCAGGUGCUGGUGAGGAGCGCGCACAGCUACAGGCGGCUGGCAGCGUCCGCAAGGGCUGUGACACCCUGGCGGCACAAACACCGUGUGGCCGCCUGCAGAGCCACAGGGCCCGGAUCCACCAGCAGAUCAACAAGGAGCUGCGGAUGCGGACGGGGGCCGAGAACCUCUACAGAGCCACCAGCAAUGCCAGGGUCAGGGAGACGGUGGCCCUGGAGCUGAGCUACGUCAACUCCAGCCUGCAGCUGCUGAAGGAGGAACUGGAGGAACUCAACUGCAGCGUGGACGCGGACGUGCCUGAGAGGGAAGGUACCACUGUCCCCAUGAUCCCCCUGGGGCUGAAGGAGACCAAGGAGCUGGAUUGGUCCGCCGCCCUGAAGGAGCUGAUCUCUGGACACUUUGGAGAGGACGGCGCCUCCUAUGAGACGGAAAUCAGGGAGCUGACAGACCUGCGGCAGGCCAUGCGGACCCCCAGCCGGAGUGAGUCGGGCCUGGAGCUGCUCACAGCUUACUACAACCAGCUCUGCCUCCUGGACGCACGCUUCGUCACCCCUGCCCGGAGCCUGGGGCUGCUCUUCCAGUGGUAUGACUCACUCACGGGGGUCCCGGCCCAGCAGCGGGCGCUGGCCUUCGAGAAGGGCAGCGUGCUCUUCAACAUCGGAGCCCUCCACACCCAGAUCGGGGCGCGCCAGGACCGCAGCUGCCCCGCGGGCACCAGCCGAGCUGCAGAGUCCUUCCAGAGGGCUGCUGGGGCCUUCAGCCUCCUGAGGGAUAAAUUCUCCCGCGCGCCCAGCCCGGACAUGAGCCCCGCCUCACUGUCCAUGCUGGAGCAGCUCAUGACCGCCCAGGCCCAGGAGUGUGUCUUCGAGGGCCUUUUGCUACCAUCCCCUGCGGCGCCCCGUGACUGUGUGGCCCAGCUGCGCCUGGCUCAGGAGGCCGCCCAGGUGGCAGCCCAGUAUGAGCUGGUGCACCAGACCAUGACCCAGCCUCCCGUGUGCAGCUAUGUGCCCUUCCCCUGGACCACAUUGGUGCACGUCAAGGCCAAGCACUUCCGUGCCCUGGCCCACUACCACGCGGCCGUGGCCCUCUGUGACAGCCCCCAGGCUGAGGCAGAGCUCCUGGCACUGGAGCAGGUGUUCCUCAGGCCCCUGCCCCCAUCUGAGCCCCGCGGCCCCAUGCUGCCACAGGAGCGUGAGGAGCGCAGGAAGCUAGGCAAGGCCCACCUGAAGCGUGCCAUCCUGGGGCAGGAGGAGGCGCUGCGGCUGCACGCCGUGGGCCGAGCCCUGCGCAGGCUGGACCUCCUGCAGGCUGUGUUGGGCCAGGCACUGCGGCGCUCGCUGACCAGAUACUCGGAGCUGGACCUCGAGGACGAUUUCUUUGAGGCCACCGAGGCCCCGGACAUCCAGCCUAAGACACACCGGAGGCUGGAGGUCAGGGCACCCAGCUUCUCCCGGGUGAAGGUGGCUGAUAUCUUCCACCGGCUGGGGCCCCUGUCUGUGUUCUCAGCCAAGAACCGCUGGCGACUGGUGGGGCCCGUCCACGUGACCCGAGGGGAGGGUGGCUUUGGCUUCACACUGCGGGGAGACUCGCCAGUCCUCAUUGCUGCCGUCAUUCCGGGGGGCCACGCUGCGGCAGCCGGCCUACAGGAGGGCGACUAUAUCGUGUCAGUGAACGGGCAGCCAUGCAAGUGGUGGAAGCACGCCGAGGUGGUGGCCCAGCUGAAGAGCGUGGGUGAUGAGGGCGUGAGCCUGCAGGUGGUGACGCUGCUGCCCAGUGCUGAGCCGCCCAGCACAGGGGACCGCCGGCCAGCCCUGCGGGGGCUUCUGAGGAAUCAGAAGGAGUGUGGCUGGGGGACUUCAGUGCCUGCGCCAGCCAGCCCCAGGCCCCUCCUUGGCUGGAGCCGCAAGGCCAAAAGGGACAAGACUGGAGGGGGGUUGUCCCCAGCCGCCCAUCCCUGAGCUGCACUGCCCUCACCCUCUGGGUGCCCAGGGAGCCAGUGAGGGGCAGGCUCCCCACACUCCUGGGCCCCAGCACAGGCUCCAGCUGGCUGGGAGCAGGGACACUGUGUCCUCCCCACCCCAGAGGACUUUCAGGUCAGUUUGCCGCUCAGCUCAGUGCCCGAGCUGCCCAUUAAAGAGCGUGUCGGA